AUGGUGAAAGCUGAAGAAGGCGUUCAAGAUGAAUUAGAACCAGAACAGUUUCGUAAAAUAUUUGUUGGUGGGUUAUCCACUUCGACAACAGAUGAACAACUUAAGGAAUAUUAUUCGCAAUGGGGGAAGCUAGUAGAUUGCAUUGUAAUGAGGGACCCCACAACGAAGCGCUCUCGUGGUUUUGGCUUUGUCAGUUUCUCCAAGCAGUCUGAGGUUGACACUGCAAUGGCUAACCGCCCUCAUGUGAUUGACGGAAAAACGGUAGAUCCAAAACGAGCCGUACCUCGAGACCAAUCUCAACGGUCAGAAACAAAUCUUUCUACGAAACGUCUUUACAUUUCAGGUGUUCGAGAAGAGCACACUGAGGAAAUGUUCGAGGAAUAUUUUUCACAGUUUGGAAAAGUUGUGAAAGCAGAAAUAAUUCUCGACAAAGCCACUUCAAAACCGCGUGGUUUUGCUUUCAUUUCUUUUGAAGAUUAUGAUCCUGUUGAUAAAUGUGUUUUAAUAAAAAGUCAUCAGAUAAACAAUUAUCGUUGCGAUGUGAAGAAAGCUCUUAGUAAAGAAGAAAUGGCACGGGUAUAUCUUAUUAUUUUUCUCCAGGAAAGAGAGCGAGCUGAUCGUAUGGGACGGUCGAGGGGUACCAUGAGAGGUGGACCGGACGGUGGUUACGGAUCUGGUUGGGGGGGCGUUGGAGGACCCGCCGGUGGUUCUUGGGGAGGAGCUUCUGGAGGUCGACAAUCAUACUACGGUCUUGAUAAUAAUUAUGCGGUGCAUAUGGGGCGAGUUACGGUGGAGGAUAUGGUGGAGCUUCCGCAGUUUGGUCAGUUACAGUUAGUGUUCCAGGUUGGAGUGGCAUUGGAAACACUAGUGGACCUGGUGGAUGGGGGAAUGGAGCGCCACCUGCGGGCAAGGGGUUCUAAUUGGGGACGUGGAAGUCAAGGAUGGAACCAAAGUUCUGGAGGUCAUUCGUGGGGCGGACCGCAAGAUGGUCAAGGUAAUUGGGGUGGAAGAGGCUAUUAA